AUGCCCAGCGAGAGCUGUGGUUUUCGCGAAAGUGAUUCAAAAGAUAACCUGAAAUACUCAAGAUCAGAUUUGAAUGGGCAAUCAGAAAUAAAUGAAAAUCAACUGUUCCGAAAAAAUUCAAUCGAAAAUUUACUCGAUAUGCCAAUCCUUAGAAAGGAGCUGACCGAAAUAUUGUCAUUCUCUGCUCUUGUCCCUUCACUUAAACCGUCAUGUGUAUAUAGACAACUGGAUGACCAAGUUUCAUCAGAAUCCAACGUUCCAAUGUUAGUCAAGCGCUACUUUGAUGAAUUUGGAUUUCGAAUAGAUGAUCUUGAAAACCUUCCAUGCCCAUUCAUCGAAUCAUCUGCCAAUCGACGUGCUUGGUUGACCUGCUUGGAAUUCUCUCAUACUCAUACACUGGGUAUAUCAAGUCUAGACGAAUAUGAUGCCAGAUAUAGUUCAGUUGGAUCUACCGUCGAUGAAGAUGAUGAUCAAUUAUGGUCAAGAGUAAACUUGCGUUUAGUUCAGUCACCGAGACUAACAGAACUUAUUCGAGGACAAGCCUUAGAUGUAGAAGCCCUUGCUAGGUCUGGUGAACAACUUGGGAUUCCUCAUUCUCUUCGACCUCAUAUAUGGCCUAGACUAACAGGAGCCUUAUUAAAGGCAAAAGAAUCUAAACAACGGAUCCCUUCGAUCACAUAUACUGAAUUAGUUCAACUCAGCUCUACAGACACACUUUUGGCCGGAAUUCAGAUUGAAAAGGAUCUUUUCCGUACAAUGCCAAAUAAUCUAUGUUUCCAUUCCUCAAAUUCUACUGGUAUUUCGCGACUGCGUCGAGUUCUGCGUGCCCUAGCUUGGUUGUAUGUAGAUGUAGGAUAUUGUCAAGGCAUGGGAUUAAUAGUUGCAAAUUUAUUAUUAUGCUUAGAAGAAGAAACAGCUUUUUGGAUGAUGUGCAGUAUUAUUGAGGAUCUUCUACCACCAUCAUAUUUUUCGUCACUUAGUUUAUUGGGUGUACAAGCUGACCAACUUGUACUGAAUCAUCUACUUCCAUUCUAUCUACCAGAAUUAGAUGCACGUUUAAAAGAAUAUGAAAUAAGCCUACCGCUCAUUACGCUACAAUGGUUUCUCACGCUGUAUUCAAGUGUAUGUCCUACAGCUUUAACAUUUCGAAUAUGGGAUUUAUUAUUUUAUGAUGGUUCAGUUGUUCUAUUUCGCAUCGCCCUUGCACUUUUAUCCUACAAAAGCGAAGAAAUUUUGAGUUUAAACAAUUCAUCUCAGAUAUUCCACUCACUUUCUAAUGCACCAGGGUCAGUGACUGACGUAAAUGAAUUAAUCAAGGCUGCCUACAGUCUAGAUGAUGAACAUUUGGAACCAUCAAAUAUCAGUAGUCUUAGACGUCAUUAUUUAGCUCAACUUAUGGUUGAUGAAGGCGCUGUUCUGAAACCAGAUUCUCGUCCUAAUUUACCUAAACAAUAUCUAGCUAAACGACAAUUUCAACGACCCAAAUCUUUAUUCACUACAUUAUUUGCAUCUGUAGCGUCAAAUGGACAACCAUAUCGUCGAAUUACUGGCAUGGCUGUACCAUUUCAAUAUUCUAUUGGUAAUAAUGAGCUGUCACCGCCAUCAUCAUCUAUACAUUAUAAGCCUGCAUAUGUAAGUGUAAGCUUACAUGAAGGCAGCGUUGAAGCGGACGACCCAAAAUUGAAGAAUGUGCACCAAACGGAAAUACUUGUAGAAUUAAAACAAUCAAUUCAGUUGAUUGUACGUCACUUCCGUAUAAAUGAUCCUGAACAACACGGUGACGCUACCGCACAUGCAGAUUAUUCAAUGGAAAGUCACAAAUUAGACCUCGAUUCUUAUGUACAAAUCGUGCAACAUCGUAGACGACGUGCCAAAGCAUUGAUCGAUUUUGAACGCUUUGAAUUAGAUGAACUGGAAUUUCAUAAAAAUGAUAUCCUAACCAUUAUUAACUCAGAUGACGAACAUUGUUGGAUCGGUGAACUAAACGGUCAACGAGGUUGGUUUCCUGCCAAGUUUGUUGAAUUGUUAGAUGAACGUGGAAAAAAUUAUUCUCCAGCUGGUGAUGAUGGUGUAGACAGAUUAAUUAUUGGCCUUGUUCGCGGAAGUUUUUGCCAUUCACUUGGAGCUGUAUUUUCACAUGGAUUGAAGCGACCACGUCUACUCGGUGAUACUGGUUGUCAUCCAUGGCAUUUUAUUGAAGAAGCUGCGGCUAAAGAAGUAGAAAGAGAUUUCUCUUCUGUUUACUCACGUUUAGUAUUAUGUAAAACCUUCCGAUUGGACGAAGAAGGCAAAGUCCUCAGUCCGGAAGAAGUGUUAUAUAGAGUAAGUUGUCAUGCUUGUAUUUACACAUUAUUAAUCUUUUUUCUAUAGUCUUUCAACUAUCGUUUAGCUUUGUUGUUAAACAUGUAAACGAUAAUCAAAAUCGACAAAAAGUAAACUAAUCAUAGAUGUUCACAUUUCAGUAUAAGUGUAUACUUCCGUAUUAUCAGCUUUGCUCACCAUUAAUCUAAUUUUAAUUUCACUGAUUACAGCAAUUUUGUUUUAUAGUUAUGUCAUGGAAAUUUCAACUGUCAGCAUCAUUUGAAUCUUGUGGAGACGUCAUUAGUCAAUAUUGUCCUAGUAGACAUAUAAGUGGUAUCCCCUUUUAUGAUUUGUUGAAUUUAUUUCGAUCAUUGUGUAAUUAUCUUUGUUUCCUGCUUCCUCAUUCUGUAUAACUAAUCACGUAUUGGCCUAUUUGAUUUAAGCCACUAAUGACAUUUUUACGAAAUAAUUACAAACAUAUUUUAUAGUCUAAUGUUAUUUUUCAGAAUAAUAACUGAUUAAAAUCCCAUCUUAGGCAUUUUCCUACCUUCCCCCAUCCAUAUUUUUUUCAAGAGUAUUACGUGACAUUGUUAAUUAUUUACGUCAUUUGACUCCAGAAACACGGAUUAUUUAAGGGUUUAUUGUUAUUAUUAUUAUAACCAUUACUAUUAUUAUUUAUUGCUUUUAUUAUUUGCAAUGUAUACAACCAUAAGCUACAUAACUUCAUUUUCAUACCAAACAACGUAGUUUGUCGCUAUAUUUAGCUCAACCUGUUUUUUUUCUGUUUCUAUUUUGACUAUCGGAAUCACAUGCGCUUUCCCGAAAACGCCUACUCACCGCGUCCGAUCCGCCUACGAAUGCUUAUAUACUGUCUAUACACAAAAACAUACACGCUUGUACAGACAAUACAUAGUAUAAACAUGUCACACGAUUUAGCUAAUGCUCAUAUGGAUAUCAAAUUUCGUUCCUUGAUCUGCUCAGGUUUAAAGUGAGUAGUUUCCCUAGCUUUUGCUUUUUCGAUUCUGUCUUUACAUGUAAAAUUGAUAGUUUUAUCUGCUUUCUAUUGACUGAAUGCGGAAAAAAUUUCUACGUAUAAAGACUAAAAAUGAAAAUAAUAUUGCUUAAUAAUUAAUAAUUCGCCCUUUGGCAGUCUUUCAGUAUUUGAAUCCACUUUUAACAUACACUUCUGUAUAUGUAUAGACAGAGGAAAACACUAGUUGUAAACUCAAGUUCCCAUAACUGUUUGAUUCUUUGUUUUAGCUUCAGUACAGUCGCUUAUUCUGAUUUGGCUAAUUAAAUGUUAGUUUUUAUUGUGAAUCAUUAAAAAUCAUGGGAUACUGGAUCUCGUACCAGUUUGUAUGUUACAUCCAAUAAAUGUGAAGCGUUUGAUUCCAGCUUAAUAUUGCUUGCUUAAACAUGAUAUCCCUUUUGGGCACAAAUAACCUACUAGCGAAUUCCAAACAGUUCGGUCCUAGGCUCACUUUUCAGUUUGUUAACAAGUUUUAUUCAUGCUUUUAAUGCCUGCUUCGAACUUACGGUGAGAUAUGACGUUUGGUCUCCACACAUUUAUGUGAUAAACUCGAACCUCUCAUGUAACUGACCCUUAUCACCACUUUCAUCAUUAUUGAGUACGUAGCACUGCAUAACAUUGGUAAAUUUUGCUUGUUUGUUUCGGAGGAUGCGUUUCUGAUGUUGGAUACAUGGAUUUCUCAUCCUAUUAGUGGCUUUUGUGGUUCUGUGGAGAGAAUCAGCGCCAUUGCUUGUGUGUGGAGCAUCUUUUCCUUGAUAAUGAGAAAUCAACAAUUUAUCUUGUAGUUAGUCUUUUCUCUUCAGAUUGUGUCUAACGAGUUUCACUUGUCCUAAGCAUGAUCUGAUCAGCUUAUAUUUUCUCAUUUCUAUAGCUAUUCGAAUGAUACUGCCGAUUUGCCAGAUUGCUCAUACACUCCAUAUUGCUAUGCAUAUUGUUGUGGUUUUUUAUGGGAAAGUCAUCUGCCUCAUGGUUUUUGUAGAAUCUUCACUUUGAUGAUGGAAUAUGAUACCUGUUGCAUAUCAUGACCGUUAUCCCUCGAGUACAUAGUCUAAUUAGUUUAAAUGUUUGUCUAUGGUUAGCGAUUUCGUAGAGGCUGGUGGCAAUGCUGUCGUAACUUUCUUUUAAAAGAAAAGAAAUCUUUCUGAGAUGAAUUUCAACUGAUCUUUCCUAAAAUUAUUUUUCUUGUUUAUUUCCCCAUAGAUAGUUCGCCUCUUUCUUUUUUCCUCAAUUUUAUUACUUCAUUUGUUUAGUAAAUUUUCGAUGCCGUGUUAUACCAAAUUGUAUGCGCUAUGAAUGUAUAUCCAUGUAAAAAUAGCAGUCACCAUCAACUAUCAACCAACUUCAAGAAGAUUUUAAUAGUUUUCUCUUUUAAUCUUACGCUGUUAUUCGCUUUAAAGACAAUGAAAACUUCAGUUAUAAUUCUCUCAUGUCAGAUAACGUUUUGCUUUCAAAACAUGAUGUUUCACAUUUCGGCAGAUUGAAUUAACGAUACUCGUAUAACAAACGUAUUAAUAUGUUUCACUGAAGUAUCAGCUGUACUAAAUAUUUUACUUGUGAUUUUAAAGUUUUAUGAUCAUGUCCAACAUUCACAUACUUAGCUUAAUUACUUUUUCUGACAAUUUUUAAGCGAACAACUAUUACAUCUAUGGUUCGAAAUUCUUUGUUCAUCAGUUAAAGUAGUUAGUAAAUGGUAUCAUCCUUGGUCAUAUCUUCGCAGUCCUGGUUGGGUUCAAAUUAAAUGUGAAUUACGGUAUGUGUACAGGUUAAAAACAGUUUUCAUUUUUAUAUAAUAAUAAAUUGUUUCAUUAGAUGAAACUGAAGUAUGAAUUUGUACUUUGUCGCUUGUAUAAACGUAAGCUUGCUAAAUAUUGAAGUGAGUAUUUAAUGUAACAGCUAGGUGGCAGCCAGACCAGAUAUGAUUAAAAAACGCUGAGAAAAUAAAACUAUAUUUAAAUAGAGUGACAAAACAAGUCAUAUUUUCCUUAGUUUAUACGAAAUAUUUAUAGGUAGAAAUGAUUUCACCACUAGUUCGUCGAUUCGCCACAAUCAAAAUGAAGCAGCAACUUUGUAAAAGUUGUAAAUAGAAAUCUUGUUUGAGGAAUUGACAAAUAUAUAUACGUUCUCUAUUCCAUCUUCCGAGAAUACAGCAUUUUUACUUAUUAUUUGUCUUCUUUAUCCGUAGUUGGGUUAAUCAAACGUGAAGAGUUGCAUAGUGGCUAAACUUUUCCUCAUACCAUAAGAAUAUGUAACCGUUUUAGUAGGGAACAACUUCUUUACUCUUAAUGUUUCUAUGUGUUCAUAAGGGCCAACCUUUUAGGUUAUUCGCGUCAUAAAUGCACCGUAUUAAUGAUGUUUUAAUGAAUUGGUACAACAAACAGUCAGAUUCUCACUAUUUGAUAUUAUCAUCUGUUCCCGUCUAUUGAAAAAUUCCGGAGAUCUUAAUCACUGAAUAAUAUAUUCAUACGUAUUCAAUUUUUGAGGUGUUAUACAUUCCAUCUUUAAAUUGUGUCACAUCUACUCAAACACUGAAUCAGUCCCAAUUGAUUAACCACAUAAAACAUAACGGGUCAUAUUCGCUCAUUAAUUUCAAUGUUGUACUUGUAGUGUACUUAUUUGCUUUUCAUCAGUUGUUAUAUUCAGCAGCUUUCAAUUUUUAUAGAUAUUGUUUCCAAUGUUUAUUCACAUAGCACUGUCCUUUUUGUAAUUUCUUAAUAGUGUUCUUAGUCAAUUCGCGUUUCAUUUAUCACCAACAUACGAAUUAAACAGUCUUCAAAAUUUCAAUCAUAUUCGACAAACUGGUUUUACGGCGUCUAAAUUAUUUGCUUUAUCAUCGGAGAGUUUGCCGCGUCGUACCAAUAAAUCCAGCUCAAAGGUAAUAUCUACGAUGGGUAAUGCAUUAGACUUGCAUAAAGUCAAACCUUUACAACGUUUAAUGACUGCUUCAUCUGUUGUCGAUCCAAUGAAUGAUCCGCCAUGUCUGUCUUUAUCAUCAAUUCUAAUACCCAAUGAUGAGAAUUUGAAUGAAAUAGAUAGUAACAUGACAACAGCUGCAACAGAGACGACCGGAGACAUGCUAGUCAAGUAUCAUCUCUUCAGCUGGGAAUUGUGACAAAUGUCUUAAUACCAGCCGACGUUUUCACUCCUUGUUGUUGUUUUGCUUCACGAUUUCGCACCAGUACUCAGAAGUGGGUCUUGAACAAGAUCAAUUUUUCUGUGAUUCCUUUUCUAAUUUUUGCCUACCGCUGUUUAUCAUGCCUCUUUUAUUUCUAUGUGACUCGAAGUUUUAUUAUUUUAAACUGCGAUGAUUGACUAUUUUUUUGUGUCUUUUGUUUAAUUAAACUUCCAUGAUUUCCUCUCUUUAAAUUAUAUAUAUUACAAGAUGGCGGUCUGUCAUGUCAUUUUGGUGUUGGUCUUGUGAUAUUUGUCUGUUAGGGGGUACGUUCAAUUUUUAGUCGUGUCUUACUGUAAACUGUUGUGAUUGUUCGCUUGCUUUCGUUCACCUCAUGGUCUUUCUUUCAUAUCACAUGAAAAAUUUGUUUCUAUUCUCAGUAACUUGGAAUUAGUCUUUUUUGUCUAUACAUAAUGAGUAGGUUUCGUUGACUUUCCAAGAUCUUUUUAACAAUAUAAGUUAUGUGUUUCGUACACCAAGAAUCGUAUUUCAUUUGUAUUUAUUCACAUUUUCCAAUUUUCAUGAAUUUACUCUUUUUCUAAAAACAAAGUAUAUAAAUUAUGUAUUUGUUUAACUUUUUUCUCUGCCUGAAUCAUUCGAAAUAUACACGAUAACUGCACUUUUGUAACGGUGUUUUGCAAUACUAGUAUAUUUUUAUAACUAUUACGUACAUAUAAACAUAUUUUGGCGGUGCAUCAUGUCUGACAAAAUGUCGUCAACUGAAUGUGAUAUAAUAACGAACCAUUUCCUUUUUUUCAAGCGAACUAUUUUGUGAAAUUUUCAAAGUUUAUUCACAUCGUGUAAACGCUUGUCUGUGUGCUAUCACUACAUAAAUAUCUGUGAAUCGUUUGUUUAUGAUUGCAGUCCUGUGUCGUACGUGUCUUUUUGUUUCGUCUAUUCACUCAUUUCCUUUUUUGCUUUAUUCGUAUUGUUUUACUGAUAAUAUACACAUAUAGGUGUUUAUCCGUCUUCAUUUUCAUUCUUCCUCCAUCCCCCUCCUCACUUUCCUAACAUUUUGAUCUAUUUUCCAGUGUAUUGUGAGUCAAACUGUGAUUCAAUAGGUUAAAUUUUUGUUUGUAUGCAUAUGUUUGUUUACUGUUUGUUGAAAAAAGUAAGAAAAAACCGUUCAUGUUUUUCUUGAUCGUUCCAAUCACAAAAUAAAGACUAAUAAAAUUCGAAAAAUUC